GCGCUAAUAAAUUAAUUAUCAAUUUUGUAAUGUGGUAUUUGAUUAUUAUAAAAAAUUUAAGUAGGUCAGCUUUUAAUUAUCUUACGGUGUAUAUGUCGAUUAAGGUAAAAAAUGUCAUUAAUUUCUGCCACGUAUUAAAAAAGUAUAUACAUCAUAGUUUAUCACUUAGUGGUAUACAUAAAAAUAUUUAUUAGUCAAUCUAAUGGAUAAAAAAAAUAACUUCCGUAUAUUUUUUAGUGUAAAAAAAAUAUUUUCAUAUUGAUUAUCGACUCAAUGAUUAUUUUUCUUUUGUGAAUUAUUUUUAAAUAAUUUUAUAAUGUUUAUUAAUAAGAUUAUAUUUUUGAUAUUAAACAUAAUUUUAACUUUAAUUCUACCGUUAACUUGUUCGACAAAUGGAAGCAAUUCAAAUUUAUAUUCGUGUGUCGAACACACUCAAAUUUGUCAUCCUUAUCGUUUAAUUGAAUGUUGUGACACAGCUUUAACAUGCAAACGAUCAAUUUCAAGAAAUGAUUGGAUAUGCGUAAAAGAAGCGAAGUUGGGAGAAUAUUGUGAAAUUGAUGAAGAUUGUGAUGCAACAAUACAUGCAAAAUGUUCAGAAAAUAACGAAUGUGUUUGUAGAUCGAAAUAUCUAAAAACAAGUGAUUCAAGUUGUGCACCAUUACUGGGUGAAUUUUGUUGGAAAAAUGAACGAUGCAUAAACGCUAAUUCUGAAUGUAUUGAUAAUGAAUGUAAAUGCAAACAUAAUUACUUUCUUGAUUCCACCAAUACAUGUCUACGAGCAUUUAUCGGUACACAAUGCGAAAAUGAUGCAGAUUGUGGCGGAAUUAAAUUCGCAACUUGCUUAGAAAAUAAAACUUGUGCUUGUGCAUUAAAUACAAUAGCUGAAAAUCCAAGAUUAUGUUUACCACUUUUAGAUGUAUCUUGUCAAAAGAAUGACCAUUGCAAGAUAGAUAAUUCAGAGUGUAUUCAAAAUAAAUGCGUGUGCAAACCUCAAUACCUGUUUUUUUCGAACGGUCAAUGUAUAACACGUAUACCUUGUAACAAUAAUUCUCAUUGUGAAAUGUUUAUAAAUAAAACAAGAUGCUCCAAUAAUAACCAAUGCGAAUGUGAGGAUGAUUACGGUCCGGCAAUGAACAAUACAGUAUGCGCUCUCCUAUUUAACAUUGCAUGUUCCGACAAUGAAUUGUGUGCUACAGAAAAUUCUUUUUGUCAUGAUAAUAAGUGUCAAUGUAAAGCUAAUUAUGUUUAUCGAGAAUCAAAAUGUGUACCAAUAACGCUACAAGAUACAGAUUAUUCAAUUUAUAUAAAUUCCCAUGCAUCAGGAUUAUUAGUGGAACUUGGAAAAUCUUGUGAAAAAGAUGAAGAUUGUAAAAAUAUUUUAUAUUCAAGAUGCUCAUUAAAUAAAAUAUGCGUAUGUAAAGAGCACAGUUUUUCAGUUGAUAAGUUCACUUGCGCUCCAGCUUUGAAUGGAUUCUGUUUGAAUGAUGAACAGUGUAUAAUGAAGUCAUCUCAUUGUAAAGAUAAUACAUGUCAAUGUAAAGCUUUACGAUCAGCAGUAUCCUAUAAUCAAUGUAAAGCUACACAUCUAUUAUACACUUGUGAUAAGAGUUCAGAGUGUAGUGAUUUGUGGCAUUCAAAGUGCUCAUUAGAUAAUUUAUGCACUUGUAACAUAAAUAAUGUUGCUGUUGGCACAUCAUGUUUACCAAUUUUAGGUGGAUAUUGUUGGAGAGAUGAUCAAUGCAGCGCUGAAAAUUCUGCUUGUAUUAAUUAUUGGUGUGCAUGUAAACCAAACUACGUUGCUGUCGCCAAUAAUCUCUGUAUAUUUGCUCAUUAAACGUUUGUUUAUGACUAA